AUGCAAGGCAUAUUGCCGCCGCCUGAAGGCGUGGUACCAGACUUUAGUGGCGCAAGAUCACCUUUACAGCAAAAAGUACUGGUUUCAUACAUUGCGAUCACCUCGAUUUCAACGUUCUUCCUGGGCCUUCGAUUGUAUACACGCAUCUUUCUUAGUCGUAAUCCAGGUUUUGAUGAUUUGAUUGUUUUCUUCAGUUGGUUGGGAUGCGUUUCCUGGUUCGCUAUAUGUGCCUCUGCGUUUCGAUAUGGAUUCGGCCUCCACGCCUGGAAUGUCACGCCUGAUCAGUUAACAGGAUAUCUAAAAACACUCAUCGCAAUAUGUAUCAUCUACGUCUGGACACCAGCACUCACAAAGUUCUCUUUGCUCGUUCUGUAUUAUCGGAUAAGCACACAGGCUUGGAUGCGAAUCGCAAUUUACGCGAUUGGGGUGUUGACAUUUGGUUACACUCUUUCCAUUACCAUUGUUGUCGUUGGACCUUGUAAUCCCUUAACUGAUAAGGACGGGACGUGUUUGAAAGAUAUUAACCUUUUCAUGGCUAUCAUCAAUAUUCUCACGGAUUUCCUCAUCAUUCUGCUGCCGCUCCCAAUGUUAUAUGCUCUUCAGCUACGUUUAAAGCAAAAGGUUCUCCUAGGUAUCGUGUUUACAUUAGGAUCUGGGGUCAUCGUCGUCUCUAUUGUUCGAAUCAUUUACGUGUACAAUUACGUCGGCAAUCCGGAUAUCACAUUUUACCAAGCCUCGGCUUGCAUCUUCUCUGAAGUUGAAUUAAACGCAGGGGUCAUUUGUGCGUCAAUAGCCACACUGAAGCCUUUCGUUGUUCGACACAUGUCCUUCUCGUUAUCUUUGUCAGGAAACAGCGAAAGAUCAAAAACUAGAAGUCGGGCUUUGACUUGGUUGAGAAGGUCGCGGGGUCAAAAUAAGAGUUAUGUAUUGGGCAGUCUGGAUAAUCACAAGGCGAAGCCGUCUCAAAACCAGGAGGAGUCCAGUAUCCAAGUUUCGACUCAGUAUUUCGUAACUUCGACAGAGCGCCCAUUGAAGGACAGUGAUAGCACCGAGAGAAUCAUUGUACCCGAAGUACGGAAGGAAGUAUGCUAG